AAGCGUAAAGCCCCCCGCUCUUCGACGGCGAACCAACAUGAGUAGUGCCGCAAAGUCCGACGAUAAAGCGGUAGACAUUCCGGAAAAGCUGUACGAUGCUGCCUCCAAGCGGACGUACCGGCGAAUGCGGUUCUUCGGAAAGGGUGGUUUCGCCAAGUGUUACGAGAUAGUGGAUGUGGCCACAAACGAAGUGUUUGCCGGGAAGAUCGUCUCGAAGAAGCUGAUGAUGAAACACAACCAGAAAGAGAAAAUGACGCAGGAGAUUGCGAUCCACCGUUCGUUGAAUCACAAAAACAUCGUCGGCUUUCAUUCCUUCUUCGACGAUCCGCUCAACAUUUACAUUGUCCUGGAGCUAUGCAAGAAGCGGUCCAUGAUGGAGCUGCACAAGCGUCGAAAAAUAAUCACAGACUACGAGUGCCGGUACUACAUGCAUCAGAUCAUGACCGGUGUAAAGUAUCUGCACGACAGACAAAUCAUUCACCGGGAUCUGAAGCUGGGCAAUCUGUUCCUGAACGAUGAGCUGCACGUCAAGAUUGGCGACUUUGGGUUGGCGACGAAGAUUGAGUUUGAGGGCGAGCGGAAGAAGACGCUCUGCGGUACACCGAACUACAUUGCGCCGGAAAUACUGAACAAAAAGGGUCACAGCUACGAGGUAGACAUUUGGUCGAUCGGGUGCGUGAUGUACACGCUGCUCGUCGGUCAGCCGCCAUUCGAGACGAAAAGCUUGAAGGAUACAUACAAUCGGAUCCGGAAGUGUGACUAUCGGUUGCCACCGACUCUGCGUAAUACAGCGGCGGAAAUGAUCUGUGCGAUGCUGCAGUCGGAUCCGUUGAAGCGACCUCGCAUUCAGAAGCUGUUUGAGUUUGAGUUUCUGGCCGGAAGUCACGUCCCGAGUUCACUGCCAACUUCCUGUCUUACGAUGGCACCACGAGCAGAUCAGUUGGAGCAGGCGGAACGUAUGAACCGGAAACCGCUAUCGGAAAUGAACGGUGGAGAUGAUACCCGGUUCGAAUCAUCAUUCCUGAAGAACAAUCUGCACGAUGCCAUCACUGCCAGUGGUAUGAUUUCGCGUCACAAUGAUACUUACCGUACGGACAUUGAAACGUUGCACCGCGAGCUGACGAAGCUGUUCCUGGCCAAACCACCCCGGCUGGCUAACAACUUGGAUGAUGAAAAUACGGAUCCGGCCGUUCAGCCACUGUUCUGGGUGUCGAAAUGGGUCGACUAUAGUGACAAGUACGGAUUUGGCUAUCAGCUUAGCGACGAGGGAAUGGGUGUAAUGUUCAACGACACCACCAAAUUAAUUAUGCUUGCCAAUGGACACAAUGUCCACUUCAUCGAUAAGGAGGGCCAAGAAUCGUACUGGGACGUGAACAAUUUCCCACCGCAUUUGGAGAAAAAGAUGAAGCUGCUUACCUACUUCAAGCGUUACAUGAUGGAACAUCUGGUGAAGGCCGGUGCCGGUGUAAUGAAUGUGGAAAGCGAUCAGAUAUCCCGUAUACCUCAUAUGCACACCUGGUUCCGUACGUUGUGCGCCGUUGUUAUGCACCUAACAAAUGGCACAGUGCAGCUGAACUUUUCCGAUCAUCAAAAGAUUAUUCUCUGCCCACUGAUGCGCGCCGUAACGUUGAUGGACAACAACAAAAAUUUCCGUACGUAUCGUUUCCAAACCAUUAUAGAGCAGGGCUGCUCGAACGAUCUGUACACCAAGAUACGGUACGCGCACGAGAAGAUAAAGAAAUUGCUGGAAAAGUUGUCAUAA